CUAGUUUCUUCUGGUAUCAUUUGGGUUACAAUACGUAUAUAUCGUUUUGUUUGACAUCCCUAUUGAGGUACAACCGAAAGACGACAUUUGAGAGACCAUUCUAAUUCGCUGCCGGCACCGGAUUCCACGUUUGUUUCCAGAUGUCGAUUAAGUAAGCGUGCAUUUUCAGAAAUACUUAACCAAAUUAUAUAUUUGGGAAGAUAAAUCUCCAUACCUAAUUUAAUGAAAUUGGUGGCAAGUCUUAGGUUUUCGCUGAAGGUUCAUAUCAACUUUCAAUUGGAAUGUAUACCGAUAUUGGUAUAGGUAGAAGUACAAUGUCCAAAAUUGUAUCCGAAGUGAUUAAUGUUUAAGAAAAUAUUUUGUGUCCGAAGUGGAUUAAGGUUCAAAUGUCUGAAAUGGAUUUCAGAAAAGCAUUACCUCAACGUCGGUUUGGGAAAAAAAUUGGAAUACCAGGAGUGAUAGGAUACAUUGAUUUUACUCAUGCAACUACGGUAAAAUAAUUUGUAAACAAACAUCUUUUUUCAACAGAAAAGGGUUUUCAGCAUAAAUGCGGCAAUGCUUUGAGUGAUUUUGUUUCUAAACACCUUCUUGAGGUUCAGAAACAUGUAGUGGGUUUGCUGCUCUUUGGGUAACCACGGCUUUGCUGCCUGUCUUGGGACGUUCUUCUGCCUCUGCCCUCAACGACAGCGGAAAAUUUCACAAAUCUUGGCAACACAUGCUUAACUAUUUGUUAAUAUAUGCUUUGUUUUAUAUAGUGAUAUUAUUUUUAUUUUUUUAUUAAAUACGGACAUUUUGAUAAACGUUUCUUAAACGAAAAUUUAAUUUGGAUUCAAAAUCGCUAUCUUUUAUCUUGCCGAAUUUUUUUUUUUUCAAUAUAUAUUUAUUUACUGAAACUGCUCUUUAAAGCCUAACAAUAAGUUAUAAAAUCUUAAAACUAAUUAAAACUAGACAAGCUCAACCAGGUGAUUGAGUUGUUUUGGUGAAACGUUGCUCUUUAGUAUGCAGGCAUAUCUCUUCUUUUUAGACGUGAUUGAUAACAGGAUUGUACUAAAGCAUUAGCCAAUGGGUUUGGGUGAUCACGGAGUUUAGAUAUAUAUUUCAAUCUGCUGUCCUCUACUUCUUUCUUUACCAUAGGGAUACCAAGAUCUUUAUGGAUAUUAUCAUUGCACAUGUACCAUGGUGAGCACGUGAUUGUUCUAAGCUUUUUCGAUUGGAACCUUUGUAUUAUAUCGAUAUUAGUUGCACAGGUCGUACCCCACAGUUGAAUGCCGUACAUCCAAAUCGGCUUUAUGACCAUAUUGUAUAAAAGCAAUUUGUUGUCUAGGCUAAGUUUAGAGUUUUUAUUUAUAAGCCAAUUUAAAUUUGCAGCUCUUAUCUUCAUGCUAGUUAUUUUACUAGAUAUAUGUUUUCUCCACGUAAGCCUUCUAUCUAGGUGAAUACCAAGAUAGGUAACUUCAUUCGCUUGGGGCACAAAAAUAUUGUUAAUUUUUACUGCCGGACACAUUUUUGGUCUUAGAGAAAAUGUAACGUGCUUACACUUUUGUUCAUUCACAUUUAUACGCCAGUUGGCUAGCCAUUCUUCGACAGAUCUUAAGUGCUCCGCUAAUAUUCUUGAUGCUAUAAUGUGGCAUUUGUUACGGCUCACUAAAGCUGUGUCAUCCGCGAAAGUUGAUGUCAAAACAUUAUUAGCUGUUGGAAGAUCAGCAGUAUAUAUGAUGUACAGAGUUGGCCCUAAAACACUGCCUUAUGGUACACCAGCCUUAUUUGUCGUCAUUAGAUAAGAAGUCUCCUACUUUAACCAUAAAUUGUCUAUUAUUUAAAUAAGACUCCAAUAUUUUAUACAAUUCUAAAGGUAGAAUGUUUUUAAUCUUAUAUAAAAGCCCUUCAUGUCACACUUUAUCAAAUGCCUGAGCAACAUCUAGAAAUAUAGCUGAACAGUACUCUCUGUCCUCAAAUGCUUUAUUUCGUUAGUUAUUCUAUUUACUUGCUCUAUCGUGCUAUGUUUUGCACGUAACCCGAAUUGAUGCGCUGGUAUUACAUUAUUUUCGUGGAGGAAAGGAGACAUCUUUGAUAGUAACACCUUUUCAAAUAUUUUAGAAAUACAGGGUAGAAGACUGAUUGGUCUGUAUGAAGACGGCUGUGUCAGGUCUUUCCCAGGUUUAUCUAUCAGGAUAAUCUGCGACUGGGGAUCAUGUGUAGAAGUUCACGCAAGUGAGGAAAGUUUUUGAUUGUCAUUCACUUGGGAGUGGCCAGAAACGAUUCUUCUCCACAUGGUUCAAGCAGCUCACGACUUCCGGUUUUAGACCAAGUAUCCUCUGGGUAGCCAACAGACAUCCGUUUGAAGGCGAGCUAAAGUGAGAAGGCGAAGUCCGGUUAUGCGGUUGUGCGUAGGGCUUGGGACCAACCACAUAAAAACGAAGUACCAAUGAAAAAUCUACGAAAGCCUCGGAUGAGACACCACCCUUUUGAUGACUACACCUGCAAACGUCUUAAGGAUUAUGAUAUAAGGGCAUGCACCUGGAAUGUCCGGACCCUUAAUUGGGAAGGUGCCUCUGCCCAGCUGGUUGAUGUCCUCAUACGACUCAAGGCUGACAUCACCGCCUUCCAAGAAGUGCGAUGGACGAUGGGAGAGAGACUCCGUCGCAGAGUCCUGGCAUUCACCCCGGUGGAUGAACGUCUUGUCACAAUCCGCAUCAAAGCGAGGUUCUUCAACAUAUCGCUGAAUUGCGCCCACGCCCCAACGGAAGAGAAGGACGAUGAGACCAAAGAUGCUUUCUAUGAGCGCCUAGAACGCACCUAUGAGCGCUGCCCCCGCCACGAUGUAAAAGUCGUGCUUGGCGAUUUUAACGCCAGGGUGGGUAAAGAAGGUGUCUUUGGCACAACAGUCGGAAAAUUCAGCCUCCAUGGCGAAACAUCGCCAAACGGCCUGAGGCUGAUCGACUUCGCUGGGGCCCGAAAUAUGGUCGUCUGUAGUACCAGAUUCCAGCAUAAGAAAAUACAUCAAGCUACUUGGCUGUCUCCUGAUCGAAACACGCGGAACCAAAUCGAUCACGUUGUGAUAGACGGAAGACAUGUCUCCUGUGUCUUAGACGUGCGUACGUUCCGAGGACCAAAUAUAGACUCGGACCAUUAUCUGGUCGCAGCGAAGAUACGCACCCGCCUCUGUGCAGCAAAGAAUGCCCGUCAACAAACACAAGGAAGGUUGGACGUCGAAAAGCUGCAAUCGCAACAGACAGCCACGAAAUACUCUACUCGACUUGCACUCCUGCUCUCUGAGAGCACUCAUCAGCAUCUCGGUAUAAGGGAACUGUGGAACGGCAUCUCAAACUCACUGCGUACCGCUGCAGCCGAAACAAUUGGCAACGACAAAAAACAAGCUGGUACGAUGAGGAGUGCCGCCUCGCAGCGGAGAGAAAACAGACUGCCUACCUCGCAACGUUGCAAACGACCACAACACGUGCGGGAUGGGAUAGAUACCGAGAGCUGAAGAGGGAAGCGAGACGCAUCUGCAGACAAAAAAAGAAAGAGGCCGAAAUGCGUGAGUACGAAGAGCUUGAGAAGCUGGCAGACAGAGGGAAUGCUCGAAAAUUUUAUGAAAAAAUGAAGCGACUUAACGAAGGUUUCAAGACCUCAUGUAGAGACCAAGGUGGUAAUCUGGUCACCGAUGUCCAGGGCAUACUGGGAUAAACUUCUCCGACCUGCUGAAUGGCAGUGAGAGUACAACACCAGGAGAUGGCGAACCCGAUCCCCCAAUCGAUGACGAUGGAACAGAGGUUCCAUUACCUGACCAUGAAGAAAUUCGAAUAGCAAUUACCCGCUUGAAGAACAACAAAACAGCGGGGGCCGAUAGAUUACCGGCAGAACUAUUCAAAUACGGCGGCGAAGAACUGAUAAGGUGCAUGCAUCAGCUUCUUUGCAAAAUAUGGUCGGAAGAAAGCAUGCCUGACGAUUGGAAUCUCAGUGUGCUCUGCCCAAUCCAUAAAAAGAGAGAUCCCACAAUCUGCGCCAAUUACCGUGGGAUCAGCCUCCUAAAUAUCGCAUACAAGGUUCUAUCGAGCGUACUGUGUGAAAGACUAAGGCCCACCGUCAACGAACUGAUUGGACCUCAUCAGUGUGGCUUUAGACCUGGAAAAUCGACAACUGACCAGAUAUUCACCAUGCGCCAAAUCUUGGAAAAGACCCGUGAAAAGAGGAUCGACACACACCACCUUUUUGUCGAUUUUAAAGCUGUUUUCGACAGCACGAAAAGGAGUUGCCUUUACGCCGCGAUGUCUGAAUUUGGUAUCCCCGCAAAACUAAUACGGCUGUGUAAAUUGACGUUGAGCAACAAAAGCUCCGUCAUGAUUGGGAAGGACCUCUCCAAGCCGUUCGAUACCAAACGAGGUUUCAGACAAGGUGACUCACUAUCGUGCGACUUCUUUAACCUGAUGCUGGAAAAAAUUAUAAGAGCUGCAGAGCUAAACCGAGAAGGUACAAUCUUCUACAAGAGUGUACAGCUGCUGGCGUACGCCGAUGAUAUUGAUAUCAUCGGAAGCAACAACCGCGCCGUUUGUUCUGCUUUUUCCCGCAUGGAUAAGGAGGCGAAGCGAAUGGGUCUGGAGGUGAAUGAGGACAAGACGAAAUAUCUCCUGUCAUCAAACAAACAGUCGGCGCAUUCGCGUCUUGGCUCCCACGUCACUGUUGACAGUCAGAUAAUUUCGUAUACCUAGGAACCAACAUUAACACCGAUAAUAAUGUCAGCAGGUGCUACUUUGGACUGAGUUGGCAAUUGAAAAGUAAAGUCCUCUCUCGACGAACCAAAAUCAAACUCUAGAAGUCGCUUAUCAUUCCCGUCCUGCUUUAUGGUGCAGAAGCUUGGACGAUGUCAACAUCAGAUGAGACGACACUAGGAGUUUUCGAGAGGAAAAUUUUGCGCAAGAUUUAUGGUCCUCAGAACAUUGGCAACGGCGAAUACCGCAGACGAUGGAACGAUGAGCUGUACGAGUUAUACGACGACAUUGAAAUAGUUCAGCGAAUAAAAAGACAGCGGCUACGCUGGCUAGGUCAUGUUGUCCGAAUGAACGAAAACACUCCAGCCCUGAAAGUGUUCGAUGCAGUAGCCGCCGGAGGAAGCCGAGGAAGGGGAAGGCCUCCACUCCGUUGGAGGGACCAGGUGGAGAGCGACCUGGUUACACUUGGGAUCUCCAACUGGCGCCGAACUGCGAAGGAGAGAGAGAGGUGGCGCACUAUCGUCGAUUCGGCUAUAACCGGAUAAACGGUUGCAACGCCAAUCACACAUAAUCUGCAACUUUUUCCAUGAAAUCGGAUAGUAUCCAAAACUAAAAAUCGCAUUAAAGAGCAAAGAGAGCACCUCUACAGCAAUAUUUGGUAACUCUAUUAGCAUUUUUGGGGUGAUAUUAUCAUGUCCUGGCGACUUUUUUUGAUUUAGUUCUUUUAUGAUGCAAUUAAUUUCAAAAGGUGAAGUCUUAAAAGACUCGAGCGACUCAUUUGCUGUGUUAGGUAAGUUUGAUAACUUAAAGUUGUUCUUUGUGCAAUUGGGUUGAAAUACCUUUUCCAGGUGAUUUGCAAAACAAUUAGCCUUUUCCUCAUCACUUCGAGCCGAAUUUCCACCCAAGUCUCGUAUAGGCAUGUUGGAGUCGACUGGAGGCUUCAUGGACUGUUGGGCUUUCCACAGGGAAUUUUGCUUUCUUGAGUUUGGACAUAGCUUCUUUAUAUACAUUUCAUUGUGGAAUUCUUCCACGCGUUUAAGCGCUUUCUUUUAUUUUCGUAUGGCAGAUUUCAAUUGAAGCUGAGUGGAAGGGGAGCGAUUUAUCUGCCAUUCUCGUCUAGCACGCCUUUUUUCAUUUACAAGCUUUUCUAUUUCUCUAUUAGUGGUUUUUCGGAGACCAAGUGGCUUAUAGUUUCUGUUUGGUGUUAUUAAGAUAGUUGCGUUAGUUAUUAUAUCAUUGAGUUCUCUUAUGCUUUCGUCAAUAUCCCUUCCUGUAUUUAUUUUGUACUCACUAUUAAUGUGGCUACUCACGUAUUUCUUAUAUUUCAACCAGUUCGUUUUGUGAGAUGUUAGACCCACCUUUGGCUCAACGAAUAUGGGUUCUUCACACAACUUUAUUAGUACAGGCGAAUGAUCAGAAGAUAAGUCUGUACAUGUAUCAGCUGUCACAAGCGAUCUAUCUAUAUGUUUGAUUACUGCGAAAUCAAUUAGAUUUGGUAUUUUGUUACGAUCACUGGGUCAAUAUGUCGGCUUGCCAGGAGAUAUUAUAUCAAGAUUAUUGUGCUUAUUCAUAAUUGUGUUGUACAGCUGUCUUCCUUUAGGGUUAAUUAGACGUGAGCCCCAGUACAUGUGUUUUGCAUUGUAAUCCCCACCUGCUAGGAAUCUAUGACCUAACGUUCCAAAAAAGUUUUUAAAUUCACCAUCUGUAAUUUUAAAACGAUACAUUGCGUAAGAUUUCAAUACUACCAUUUUCAGUAUUAUUUUUAAUAUUACUAGGUUUUGGAAUAUGGUCUGUGGUAUCUAUAAUGUCAUUACGGGGAGUAUGUAACAUUUGGUUACGACGUGCUUGAAUUCCCUGUGACACCUUCAAUUUUAAAUCUUUAUAAAUAGGACAACCCCUGUAGUUGGCAGUGUGAUUUCCUCCACAAUUGCUGCAUUUUUUAUUUAAAUUCUCUUUCUUAAUGGUGCAUUUGGAGGUGGAAUGUAAAUCUCCACAUACCACACAAACACUGCGUAGAGUGCAAUAGGAUUUGGUAUGCCCAUAUUUUUAGCAAUUGGUGCAUUGUACCGGACCAUUUCUUUUGUGUGGUUCUUCAACGGUUACUCUGCGGUGCAGCAAAUAUUUUAAAUUGUAUAUUGGAUACACUUCGUUCUUUCUAAGCUGGUUAGAAUUCGGCAUCAGUUCAAUUCUAAACAUGGGUUGUGGUACUUUGUUUCUGUGGAAGAUAUUUACAACAGUUUUAAUUUCAAAGCCACAUUCCUCAGGAGCUUCUUUGACUUCGCUAGAAUCUAUGGAAGACUCUAUACCUUUAAUUACAAUGACUAGGCCUUUAGAACUCUUCAGUUGAUAAGAAUAAUAGUUCUUAUUUUUGUUUGACAAAUAUUUAACUAUGUCCAUGAAACUUUUCUCAGUGUACGACUGUAUUUUAGUUUUAUCUAUAUUGCCUUUUUUCAAAGGCACUAUAUGAAAAUUAGGAUGGAGUCAUAUGUAGAAGUUCACGUAAGUGAGGAAAGUUUCUGACUGCCAUUCACUUGGAAUUGGCCAGGAACGAUUCUUUUACAUGUGGCUCAAGCAGCUCACAACUUCCGGUCUUAGACAAAGUAUCCUCUGCGUAGCCAACAGACAUCCGUCUGGAAGCGAGCUAAAGUGAGAAGGCGAAUCCCGCUUAUGCGGUUGUGCGUAGGGCUUGGGACCCACCACAUAAAAAGGAAUAUCAAGUGAAUGAGAAACACAGGCCUCGGAUGAGAAACCCCCCUUUUGAUGACGACCACGGCAAACGUAUAAAGGACUAUGAUUUAAGGGCAUGCACCUGGAAUGUCCGGACCCUUAAUUGGGAAGGUGCCUCUGCCCAGCUGGUUGAUGUCCUCAUACGACUCAAGGCUGACAUCACCGCCAUCCAAGAAGUGCGAUGGACGGGACAAGGACGGAAGAAGGUGGGUCCUUGUGACAUCUACUACAGCGGCCAUAUAAAGGAGCGCAAAUUUGGUGUUGGAUUUGUGGUGGGAGAGAGACUCCGUCGCAGAGUCCUGGCAUUCACCCCGGUGGAUGAACGUCUUGCCACAAUCCGCAUCAAAGCGAGGUUCUUCAACAUAUCGCUGAUUUGCGCCCACGCCCCAACGGAAGAGAAGGACGAUGUGACCAAAGAUGCUUUCUAUGAGCGCCUAGAACGCACCUAUGAGCGCUGCCCCCGCCACGAUGUAAAAGUCGUGCUCGGCGAUUUUAACGCCAGGGUGGGUAAAGAAGGUGUCUUUGGCACAACAGUCGGAAAAUUCAGCCUCCAUGACGAAACAUCGCCAAACGGCCUGAGGCUGAUCGACUUCGCUGGGGUCCGAAAUAUGGUCGUCUGUUGUACCAGAUUCCAGCAUAAGAAAAUACAUCAAGCUACUUGGCUGUCUCCUGAUCGAAACACGCGGAACCAAAUCGAUCACGUUGUGAUAGACGGAAGACAUGUCUCCUGUGUCUUAGACGUGCGUACGCUCCGAGGACCAAAUAUAGACUCGGACCAUUAUCUGGUCGCAGCGAAGAUACUCACCCGCCUCUGUGCAGCAAAGAAUGCCCGUCAACAAACACAAGGAAGGUUGGACGUCGAAAAGCUGCAAUCGCAACAGACAGCCACGAAAUACUCUACUCGACUUGCACUCCUGCUCUCUGAGAGCACUCAUCAGCAUCUCGGUAUAAGGGAACUGUGGAACGGCAUCUCAAACUCACUGCGUACCGCUGCAGCCGAAACAAUUGGUUUUCGGCAACGACAAAAAACAAGCUGGUACGAUGAGGAGUGCCAUCUCGCAGCGGAGAGAAAACAGACUGCCUACCUCGCAACGUUGCAAACGACCACAUCACGUGCGGGAUGGGAUAGAUACCGAGAGCUGAAGAGGGAAGCGAGACGCAUCUGCAGACAAAAAAAGAAAGAGGCCGAAAUGCGUGAGUACGAAGAGCUUGAGAAGCUGGCAGACAGAGGGAAUGCUCGAAAAUUUUAUGAAAAAAUGAAGCGACUUAACGAAGGUUUCAAGACCGGAGCAUCCUCAUGUAGAGACCAAGGUGGUAAUCUGGUCACCGAUGUCCAGGGCAUACUGGGAUAAACUUCUCCGACCUGCUGAAUGGCAGUGAGAGUACAACACCAGGAGAUGGCGAACCCGAUCCCCCAAUCGAUGACGAUGGAACAGAGGUUCCAUUACCUGACCAUGAAGAAAUUCGAAUAGCAAUUACCCGCUUGAAGAACAACAAAACAGCGGGGGCCGAUAGAUUACCGGCAGAACUAUUCAAAUACGGCGGCGAAGAACUGAUAAGGUGCAUGCAUCAGCUUCUUUGCAAAAUAUGGUCGGAAGAAAGCAUGCCUGACGAUUGGAAUCUCAGUGUGCUCUGCCCAAUCCAUAAAAAGAGAGAUCCCACAAUCUGCGCCAAUUACCGUGGGAUCAGCCUCCUAAAUAUCGCAUACAAGGUUCUAUCGAGCGUACUGUGUGAAAGACUAAGGCCCACCGUCAACGAACUGAUUGGACCUCAUCAGUGUGGCUUUAGACCUGGAAAAUCGACAACUGACCAGAUAUUCACCAUGCGCCAAAUCUUGGAAAAGACCCGUGAAAAGAGGAUCGACACACACCACCUUUUUGUCGAUUUUAAAGCUGUUUUCGACAGCACGAAAAGGAGUUGCCUUUACGCCGCGAUGUCUGAAUUUGGUAUCCCCGCAAAACUAAUACGGCUAUGUAAAUUGACGUUGAGCAACAAAAGCUCCGGGAAGGACCUCUCCAAGCCGUUCGAUACCAAACGAGGUUUCAGACAAGGUGACUCACUAUCGUGCGACUUCUUUAACCUGAUGCUGGAAAAAAUUAUAAGAGCUGCAGAGCUAAACCGAGAAGGUACAAUCUUCUACAAGAGUGUACAGCUGCUGGCGUACGCCGAUGAUAUUGAUAUCAUCGGAAGCAACAACCGCGCCGUUUGUUCUGCUUUUUCCCGCAUGGAUAAGGAGGCGAAGCGAAUGGGUCUGGAGGUGAAUCAGGACAAGACGAAAUAUCUCCUGUCAUCAAACAAACAGUCGGCGCAUUCGCGCCUUGGCUCCCACGUCACUGUUGACAGUCAUAACUUUGAAGUUGUAGAUAAUUUCGUAUACCUAGGAACCAACAUUAACACCGAUAAUAAUGUCAGCCUUGGAAUCCAACACAGAAUCACUCUUGCCAGCAGGUGCUACUUUGGACUGAGUUGGCAAUUGAACAAUAAAGUAAUCUCUCGACGAACCAAAAUCAAACUCUACAAGUCGCUUAUCAUUCCCGUCCUGCUUUAUGGUGCAGAAGCUUGGACGAUGUCAACAUCAGAUGAGACGACACUAGGAGUUUUCGAGAGGAAAAUUUUGCGCAAGAUUUAUGGUCCUCAGAACAUUGGCAACGGCGAAUACCGCAGACGAUGGAACGAUGAGCUGUACGAGUUAUACGACGACAUUGAAAUGUUCAGCGAAUAAAAAGACAGCGGCUACGCUGGCUAGGUCAUGUUGUCCGAAUGAACGAAAACACUCCAGCCCUGAAAGUGUUCGAUGCAGUACCCGCCGGAGGAAGCCGAGGAAGGGGAAGGCCUCCACUCCGUUGGAGGGACCAGGUGGAGAGCGACCUGGUUACACUUAGGAUCUCCAACUGGCGCCGAAUUGCGAAGGAGAGAGAGAGGUGGCGCACUAUCGUCGAUUCGGCUAUAACCGGCUAAACGGUUGCAACGCCAAUCACACAUAAUCUGCAACUUUUUCCAUGAAAUCUGAUAGUAUCCAAAACUAAAAAUCGCAUUAAAGAGCAAAGAGAGCACCUCUACAGCAAUAUUUGGUAACUCUAUUAGCAUUUUUGGGGUGAUAUUAUCAUGUCCUGGCGACUUUUUUUGAUUUAGUUCUUUUAUGAUGCAAUUAAUUUCAAAAGGUGAAGUCUUAAAAGACUCGAGCGACUCAUUUGCUGUGUUAGGUAAGUUUGAUAACUUAAAGUUGUUCUUUGUGCAAUUGGGUUGAAAUACCUUUUCCAGGUGAUUUGCAAAACAAUUAGCCUUUUCCUCAUCACUUCGAGCCGAAUUUCCACCCAAGUCUCGUAUAGGCAUGUUGGAGUCGACUGGAGGCUUCAUGGACUGUUGGGCUUUCCACAGGGAAUUUUGCUUUCUUGAGUUUGGACAUAGCUUCUUUAUAUACAUUUCAUUGUGGAAUUCUUCCACGCGUUUAGCGCUUUCUUUUAUUUUCGUAUGGCAGAUUUCAAUUGAAGCUGAGUGGAAGGGGAGCGAUUUAUCUGUCAUUCUCGUCUAGCACGCCUUUUUUCAUUUACAAGCUUUUCUAUUUCUCUAUUAGUGGUUUUUCGGAGACCAAGUGGCUUAUAGUUUCUGUUUGGUGUUAUUAAGAUAGUUGCGUUAGUUAUUAUAUCAUUGAGUUCUCUUAUGCUUUCGUCAAUAUCCCUUCCUGUAUUUAUUUUGUACUCACUAUUAAUGUGGCUACUCACGUAUUUCUUAUAUUUCAACCAGUUCGUUUUGUGAGAUGUUAGACCCACCUUUGGCUCAACGAAUAUGGGUUCUUCACACAACUUUAUUAGUACAGGCGAAUGAUCAGAAGAUAAGUCUGUACAUGUAUCAGCUGUCACAAGCGAUCUAUCUAUAUGUUUGAUUACUGCGAAAUCAAUUAGACUUGGUAUUUUGUUACGAUCACUGGGUCAAUAUGUCGGCUUGCCAGGAGAUAUUAUAUCAAGAUUAUUGUGCUUAUUCAUAAUUGUGUUGUACAGCUGUCUUCCUUUAGGGUUAAUUAGACGUGAGCCCCAGUACAUGUGUUUUGCAUUGUAAUCCCCACCUGCUAGGAAUCUAUGACCUAACGUUCCAAAAAAGUUUUUAAAUUCACCAUCUGUAAUUUUAAAACGAUACAUUGCGUAAGAUUUCAAUACUACCAUUUUCAGUAUUAUUUUUAAUAUUACUAGGUUUUGGAAUAUGGUCUGUGGUAUCUAUAAUGUCAUUACGGGGAGUAUGUAACAUUUGGUUACGACGUGCUUGAAUUCCCUGUGACAGCUUCAAUUUUAAAUCUUUAUAAAUAGGACAACCCCUGUAGUUGGCAGUGUGAUUUCCUCCACAAUUGCUGCAUUUUUUAUAUAAAUUCUCUUUCUUAAUGGUGCAUUUGGAGGUGGAAUGUAAAUCUCCACAUACCACACAAACACUGCGUAGAGUGCAAUAGGAUUUGGUAUGCCCAUAUUUUUAGCAAUUGGUGCAUUGUACCGGACCAUUUCUUUUGUGUGGUUCUUCAACGGUUACUCUGCGGUGCAGCAAAUAUUUUAAAUUGUAUAUUGGAUACACUUCGUUCUUUCUAAGCUGGUUAGAAUUCGGCAUCAGUUCAAUUCUAAACAUGGGUUGUGGUACUUUGUUUCUGUGGAAGAUAUUUACAACAGUUUUAAUUUCAAAGCCACAUUCCUCAGGAGCUUCUUUGACUUCGCUAGAAUCUAUGGAAGACUCUAUACCUUUAAUUACAAUGACUAGGCCUUUAGAACUCUUCAGUUGAUAAGAAUAAUAGUUCUUAUUUUUGUUUGACAAAUAUUUAACUAUGUCCAUGAAACUUUUCUCAGUGUACGACUGUAUUUUAGUUUUAUCUAUAUUGCCUUUUUUCAAAGGCACUAUAUGAAAAUUAGGAUGGAGUCAUAUGUAGAAGUUCACGUAAGUGAGGCAAGUUUCUGACUGCCAUUCACUUGGAAUUGGCCAGGAACGAUUCUUUUACAUGUGGCUCAAGCAGCUCACAACUUCCGGUUUUAGACCAAGUAUCCUCUGGGUAGCCAACAGACAUCCGUCUGGAAGCGAGCUAAAGUGAGAAGGCGAAUCCCGCUUAUGCGGUUGUGCGUAGGGCUUGGGACCCACCACAUAAAAAGGAAUAUCAAGUGAAUGAGAAACACAGGCCUCGGAUGAGAAACCCCCCUUUUGAUGACGACCACGGCAAACGUAUAAAGGACUAUGAUUUAAGGGCAUGCACCUGGAAUGUCCGGACCCUUAAUUGGGAAGGUGCCUCUGCCCAGCUGGUUGAUGUCCUCAUACGACUCAAGGCUGACAUCACCGCCAUCCAAGAAGUGCGAUGGACGGGACAAGGACGGAAGAAGGUGGGUCCUUGUGACAUCUACUACAGCGGCCAUAUAAAGGAGCGCAAAUUUGGUGUUGGAUUUGUGGUGGGAGAGAGACUCCGUCGCA